CAUACAUAAAUAAACAAAAUGUAUAAUUAUAUAUUAUAAAAAAAACGCAUUGUUGCCGACGUCUUGUAAUGAACUUCCGUUUGACCUUAAAUGAGCCAAUCAGUUUCUAGCAGGGGAAGGAGGCGCGAAAGUACCAGUGCUGGAUCUAGUUAGGCGUCUGUUAAUUUGAUUGUUUAGUUGUGGGAUGUCGGUUUGUUUCUGUGAUUUUCAUAUUGCUGUAUCUUUGUUGUUCGCUAAAACUACGCUUGACUGGGGAAAAAUCCCUUUUCAGUUCGCUUACCUUUGAUUUGCUUCGACGUUUGAUGAGAGGCCAAGAUGUCGUUGGUCAACGCUGAGUUCAGAGCGGAAUUUAACCUGAAGUGAUACUCUGACAUUGGAGCAAGUGAGUCACUGAAGUAAUCACAAUGUGCUCCAUUCCGGGACUCCCAUCAAAAGGUUCAAAUGUGCCUGUACUUAUUACCAGAGUAAAUCUCAACCCAUCAUGUGUUCUGGUAGAGUUUUGGGGUAAUUUUGAUGAAGAUCGAAAAUUUGCAUAUCAGCAGCUGAAAAAAGAGAUUCAGUAUCCCAGAGAGUGUUUUAGUGAAUCAGAUGGAAACCCUGGAGACUUGUGUCUUGUACAAGUGUAUGAAACAUGGUACAGAGCUCGUAUCGUGUCCAGAGAUUCUGAUGAGUACAGUGUGUUCCUAAUUGAUGAAGGAAGAACACUGCGUGCUGCUGUCAACACUCUUGCAUGGGGCAAAAGUGACUUUUUCUAUCUUCCUCCUGAAGUUGAAUUCUGCAUUCUUGCCAAUGCCUUACCACUAUCUCCUGAAAACAAUUGGUCCUCAAUGGCCUUAGAGUUUAUGAAGACCUUCUGUGGUCGAAGAGUCAAUGCCACCGUUCAAGAUGUUCUUGUAGCUCAUCGAACAUUCCUUCUUGACAUUCCUUGUCUGUCAAGGCAGAUGUUUGAAAUGGGCUUUGCAAAGAAAUUGUACAGUGAUCAGUUCAUGGAGUUUGUUGUGAGAUCUUUGCAGGCCAGCACCGGAACUAGCGAUCUUAAGAGAAUUUCCUCCAUUAGAACCAAACCAGUUGAGAUCAUUGAGCAAAAGGAAAAGCAGCAGGCCUACAUGUUUCCUGAGCUGCAGACCGAUACUGUAGAGACUGUUGUUAUCACUGAGGUAACAAGUCCAUUUCGAAUAUUCUGUCAGCUUAAGGUUUUCUCUCAGGAGCUGAAAAAGUUGACUGAACAGAUCACUCAGUAUUACGAGGGAAGAGUAGGAAGCUAUUUUGCAAGAGCUGAGAAUUUGGGCAGCCCAUGUGCAUCAAGAGGAAGUGAUGGCAAAUGGUAUCGUUCUGUGCUGCAGCAAGUCAUGUCUGCAAACAAUGUGGUUGAGGUUUUGCAUGUGGAUUAUGGGAAGAAACAAUUUGUACAAGUUGAGAAUGUCAAGCCACUUGCCUCUGAAUUCUUCAGAAUGCCGGUUGUAACAUAUGUUUGCUCUCUGCAUGGAAUUGUUGACAAAGGUGUUGGUUGGACUGCUUCACAGAUUGACUACCUGAAAUCUCUGUUGCUCAAUCGCACAGUGAUUGCCAAGUUUCAGUAUCAAAGCCUUUCUGAGGGUGUCCACUAUGUAACACUUUAUGGAGAGGAGAACACAAACAUAAACAAAUUGUUUGAACUGAAACCAAAAUGUUCACUGGACUCUGACAUGACUCUUGCAGAUUUCGCUGUUCAGAAGAGCCCAUCAUCUCAGAAGAGCAAGAUUUCAAGGACAACCGAGAGCACACACAUUAACGAGACCUACUCUGACCUUAAAGUGAACAAACCUGUCUUUUUCACAGAAACUCUCACACCUAACUCUACACACAUGGCUGUUGUGCAGCAUGUUGACAGCCCUGGAAAGUUUUGGAUUCAAACACAGCGUUAUGCUGAUGAGUUCGAUCUGCUAAUGAAUGGCCUUGGAAAUCUGUACAGUGAUCCAACAAGCACUGAAUCAUUGAUUAGAAAGCCUGUUGUUGGUCUCAUCUGUGCAGCUAAAGCACAAGAUGGUGUGUUCUACAGAGCGGCUGUCUAUAAGGUGAUUGACAAGACAGCAGAAGUUUACUUCCUCGACUAUGGCAACACAGAAGUUGUUGAUAGUUUUAACCUUCGACAGCUGCCUUUAAGAUUCCAGCAGCUACCAGCUGUGGCAGUAAAAUGCUCUUUACAUGGUGUUAAACCCAGAUUGAAACUCUGGGAGGAGAGAGCUACGUUGUUCUUUUCAAAACUUGUCAGAGACAGAAUCAUUGAUUUGCAUGUACAGGACAAACAACAAGACACUCACAUUGUUCAGUUGGUGGACCCAAGUUUGGAUGGAGAAAAGGAUGUGAGCAAGUUAUUGUGCAAUGCAGGUUUUGCUGUAAGUGAAAAGAGCAUUGUGGAUUAUUCAGCUACAAGAUCUUGUGGUUUGAAAACCACCCAUGCAUCUGGCGUAUUCUUGACAGGCACUCAACCCCAAACACCUUGCAGUUCUUCUGUUGUAAUGGACAGUGCAUCUGCUUUCAAGGAGUACUUGUUUCCAAUUGGAAGUUCACUGGAAGUAACUGUGUCCUACAUUGAGAAUCCAAAUGACUUCUGGUGUCAAAAGGCCAGAAAUGCAGCAUGCUUAGAAGUGCUAAUGCAGGAUAUUCAACGUUUCUAUUCUCAUAGUGAAUUUGAACCACUUUUGGAAGCAGCUUGUGUUGCCCGUCAUCCUGAAACUGGGAUAUGGUACAGAGCCUUGGUCAUUCAAAAGCAUCAAACACCCCAUGUUGAUGUCUUGUUCAUUGACUACGGGCAGACAAAGAAGGUUGCAAUUGAAGAUCUUCGAAAGAUUACUCCUGCAUUUUUGAAGAUGAAAGGACAAGCCUUUCGAUGCAGUUUGUAUAACCUCAUCCACCCGGUUUUGCACUCAUCUUCAGACUGGAGCACAGAAGCCACAUUGGAGUUUCAAGAGUUUGUUGAUGCUGCAGCAUCUAUGAAUGUCCCUUUGAAAUGCACCAUAUUUGCUGUAAUGUAUGACUCGCAGAAAGUUGUUUUCAAUGUGGUGGAUUUGGAGACCCCUUUUCAAAGCAUUUGCAAUCUCCUUGUUCAGAGACGUCUAGCUGAUCGUGCACCCUCUAAAAGAUCUCCUCUUCCACCCUUUCGCCUGGACACCUACUAUUAUUCCACACACGGAGUCAAGACUGGAUGUGAUGAGAAAGUGAGUAUCACCUGUGUAAAGGGUGUCAAUCAGUUCUUUUGCCAUCUUGCCAGGAAUUCGGAUGAGGUUGAGAAACUUGCGGAAAAGGUCAACUUUCUGUGCCAUCAGCUAGAGGCAACCAAGUGUCCUCAGACUUUUGGAACGGUUUGCUUUGCAAAAUACACUGAUGGACUUUGGUACAGAGGCCAAAUAAAGUCUACAAAACCAUCAGUUGUAAUCAAUUUUGUGGAUUACGGUGACACACUGGAAGUUGAUAAAUCAGACUUGUUACCAGUUCCAAUUGAAGCAGGAGAUAUCAUGUCUGUUCCGGUGCAGGCAAUUGAAUGUGGGCUCUCUGAUAUGCCUGAAGAACUACCAUGCGAAGUGGAUAAUUGGUUUCGUAAAUUUGCGGACAGUCAUUGUUUCACUGCUUUGAUUGUGGCGAAAGAACCUGCAGGGAAGCUUAUUUUGGAACUUUAUGAUGGAAAAACUCAAGUGAAUGCACUGAUCAAACAGAAGUUUCACAAUGAAAUCCAUAAAAAUGAUGCUAGCACAUUCAAAAUAUAUGGUUUAAAGAGCAGAGCUGCAGAAAGUGUGGAAGCCUCAGCCUGUAAGAAGGAAAGUUCCACUGGUCCAAAGAGAGAUGCCAUAGAUCAAGUUCCAAAGUCUCGUGAAAGUCAUGCAAUUCAACGAAGUAAUGACGUUGCAUCAAAACAGCCACAAAGCAGGUGGGGAUUUUCCACAAAUGGAAGACCAGAACCAACAAGAGAUUCUGGGACAAUUAAUAAUUGCCAGAAACAACCAGAACUACGAACGAGUCAAGGUAAUUUAAGGCACCCAUGUACCUCUAGCAAACCUGAAGUUGUUAAACCUAAGCCCCAAGCACUUCUGAAAGAAUCAGCACUUCCAAUCAAAUCAAUUAAACCGGGACUAGAAGCUGAGGUUUUCAUUUCUCAUUGCAAUAGCCCUUGUAGCUUUUUUGUUCAGUUUGCAACAGAUGAGGAUGACAUUUAUUCCCUUGUGGAGAAGUUAAAUGCUGACCAGUCAAGAUGCAGAAACAUUGACUCCAGUGACAUUCAUGAGGGAGACUUGGUCUGUGCAAUGUUUCCUGAUGAUAGCUCUUGGUACCGUGCAGUAGUACGGAAAAACACUAAUGAAAAGAUUGAUGUUGAAUUUGUCGACUUUGGAAACACAGCGGUGAUUUCUUCAAAAAAUGUUUGCCAUCUUGGUCAAUCAUUUGCGUCAUUUCCUAGGUACAGCAUCCAUUGCUCUGUACAUAAACUGAAUGUUGACAGCAAAGACCAAGAACUUGCUCCCAACUUCAAACAAGUACUUGAGCAAAAUAUUGAAAAGGUCAUCUGCACCUUUGUGAAAAUGUCAGGAACCAUGUGGGAGGUGAGACUUGAUGUUAAUGGUGUAGUGCUGGGAUCCGUCUGCAAGGAUCAUGUUAAACCAGAGAUUGCAAUCCCAGAUUUAAAGGAUGCAGCAUCUGAAAUCAAGGUCUGUACCUAUUACAAGAACCCUGACAUCUCAAUUGGUCAAGUGAUCACCGGAUACACCUCGUACAUCAAGGGCCCUCAGCUGUUCUGGUGUCAGUAUGUGGCCAUGGACAAACUUCAAGAGAUUUCUGAUAUGUUACAGAAUAUAGGUAAUGCAUCUGAAACAACUUUAAGGGAGGACUGUAUGCCAGUUGGAAGUGCUUGCAUUGCUCUUUUCACGGAAGACAAUUUGUGGUAUCGAGCUAAAGUAACAUCUAAGGACCUCGACACACUCUCCAUUACCUUUGUAGAUUAUGGAAAUGAAUCAAAAGUCAAAAUAGGUGAUGUCAAAGCACUUCCACCCAAGCUAUCAGAUGUGCCCCCUCAUGCAUUUGACUGCCAGCUUGAAGGUUUUGAUGUAUCUGAGGGUUUCUGGGAUGAAACAGCUGAUGAUGCAUUUUAUGAGCUAGUUCAUGACAAGCCUUUAAAUAUCACCAUUGAGAAAAUGGGGAACUCUGAAAUGCCACACAUCGUCAAGCUGGAUUGCGAUGGGGUUGACAUCAACACUACAAUGAAAAGCCAUUGGAAAACUCGGAAUCCUGAAACCCCUCCAGCUGAACUCUUUAAUGGAGCAGAGAUGGCGUCUGAUGAUGAUUAUGUGGCAUCCAAAGUUAAUAUUGACUCAGUAGUUACCUUUGACACAGACACUGACCCUGCAGACAAUGAAACCUGCACCUCAGCUCUUGAAAUGGAACUUUCUGAGCAAGAAAAUUUAUUGUCAAGCACAGGAGUUGAAAAUGAAGCACAGAUUGACCCACUCAAGAUGGCUACUGAAAAUGUCACCUUACCUAUUACAGAGAGUACAGUGCUCUCUGAAACGCACAAGAAGCUGGAAACCAUCACAGAAGAUGAACCUGUUUUAGGUUUUACAGGUCUGUCAGACACAAACCAGCAUGCCGUUUCUAAAGAGACAGAUGUAGGUUUGCCUCAGCACUCAGAGGGAGCUUCUUCAGUGACUAUAGAUAGCUUCUUGAUGAAUAACACAGACUCUCAAUUAUGCAUUGUUGAGGAACCAGAGGCACCAUCAUACGAGAUCAUUCAAUCAAACUUGGGUUGUUUAAGACGAGCAACUGAAAAGAAGCCUGUUGGUUCAGAAUGUGUCAUUUGGUCCCAAGUAAGAAGAAGUUGGUGCACAGCACGAGUUUUAAAAGUUUCUGAAGAAGCUACAUUGGUUUUGCUUGAGAAAUAUGAUUCUGAGGUUGUAGUAGAUCCAAUCAACAUCUUUGAAAUUAUGCCAGAGAAGCCACUGCAGAUUGCAUGCAUUGAAGCUGCAAUUGCAAAUGAUGAUGCAACGAAAGAAACAGAUGCCACACUAGAGAACAGUGCUUCAAAGUUAUAUCAGACAGAAGUUUCAGAUGCAAAUGGAAUUGCUGUUGCUUUAGAGUCUGAAGACCUAAAUGGUAAGGAAGAAACAUUCAUUGACCAAAUGGCUCCGAAUGAUGAACUUGCAGGCCAGCCUCAAGAAGAAGAAUCUGUUUCCUGCUCUGCUUUUCUUGAAGAUUCUAAGGCUAAACAUAUGCUGGUGGAAGGUGCACAAGUACAUGAUCUUGUUCAAGGAUUAUGUCCUGAUGACGUCGAAAGCAAGGAUCCCCAAGAUGACUUGAAUACUUCAUUCGAAGAGCAAAACGAUGGUGCAAAGAUGAGUACUGCAGUGGAUUUACUGCUGGAUUUCCUUGACACAGCUCCCCGUGAUAAGGUACAGGAUGUGAGUGAAACUGAUGCCUUGCUUGAGGAGUUUAAUAUCCAUGUCACUGAAGACCUUAUUGUUCUGACCAGUGAUGAUGGAGCAGAGUCUGACACUGCAUCUGAUGGCACGCUUCAUGGAGAUGCAGUGGCCAUGGAAGUCGGUCCUGAUACUGAAGAAUCUUCAUGCUUUCAGGAAAGGUCAAAUGCUUCUGAUUGCACCAGCGCAGAAGACUCACAAGUCACUCAUUUGACCCUUAAAGUUGAGGAUGCAUCUGACGAUGUCAUUUUUGUUGGUGUUUUGCAAGAAUCCCAGGCAGUGGUUCAUGAGCCCGAGAGUGAAAAAGAAAAGCGUGAUUAGUCUAAACAAUUGUAUACUUUUGGGUAGGGGAAAUAUACCCUACGACUAACAUUUUGUUAAGUGUUGUUGUUUUUUUACAUUUAAAUUUAAAUAGCCAAAAACUUGUUGAUGUGUUAAGUAAUUCCUGUCAACUCAAUUUAAAUCAUAAAUCAUAUAAUAGCAACAAAAGCACUUCUGCUUUUUUUCAAAUUUGAGUUUUGCUUUCUACAGUUUAGUUGUUUCUCUGUAAGGAUUAAGGCUGCUUUGUUUUUUGUUUACUACACAGCCUUUAAUUGUAUACAUUAUUAUAUAAAAAACUCUCAAGUUAGAUGUUAGCCUGGGAUUUUGUAGUUUGUUUAGAAAGUUCUUAAAUGUUUACAUUUGUGGUGAAAAGGUAGUCUGCUGCAUCUUGUGGUAACUGGUUGAAAUUUUCUUUAAUAAAUAGGCACUCUUUGUGUGUCGCACUUAUAUCAACCGUUCUUAAAAAUAUGUUGUUAUUCAGACUUUGUAAGAGACAAAAACAAACCAAAGGUAAGACGUUUAAUAAACAAUAUCUCAAAUACAUAAA